AUGAGCGUUCUGAACGGUCUGAGGGCCGACUCAUCUCACUUCACUCUGCAAGGAGAACGCUUCCAGAUCCUGGGAGGCUCGGUGCAUUACUUCAGAGUCCCCAGAGCCUACUGGCAGGACCGGCUGCUGAAGAUGAAGGCCUGUGGUCUGAACACUCUCACAACCUAUGUGCCCUGGAACCUGCAUGAGCCUGAGAGAGGAGCCUUCAACUUCCAGGAUCAGCUGGACCUCAAGGCCUACAUCAGUUUGGCAGCAGAGGUAGGUCUCUGGGUGAUCCUGAGACCUGGACCCUACAUUUGUGCUGAAUGGGACUUAGGUGGAUUACCCAGCUGGUUGCUGCAAGAUAAAAACAUGCAGCUGAGGACAACUUAUCCUGGAUUCAUACAUGCCGUUAACUUGUACUUUGACAAGCUCGUGUCGGUUGUCAAACCACUGAUGUUUGAGCACGGCGGGCCGAUCAUUGCGGUUCAAGUUGAGAACGAGUACGGCUCGUACGCUAAAGAUGACAGAUACAUGCCGCUUAUCAAGGAUUGCCUCCAGUCCAGAGGGAUCAACGAGCUCCUGAUGACUUCAGACAACUGGGAAGGU